UCCAUUCAGCUCCUCGUUUCUUUAAUUACUUCCGAAAAUGACGAUCUUACGUUACAGUAACGUGCUCGCAUCGUGACGGGAGCUCAUGUGUUGGCGCUGCACUGUAUGAUCGCCUUUCUCUCGCAACGCCACACCCUCCCCAUCUCCAUCUCGUGCAGCUGUGCGGGACUGACGGUGCGUGCGUCUCCCUGUCGGGCACCCGCAGCAUCAGCAACACAAAAGGGUCGGAGCAGCCGGAGCUGGGCUUUACCUCAGCAGCGAUCACAGGGAGGAAUCGCGUUCAACAUAAGCCACAGCGGAGGCAGCAGCGGCACUCGUCUGGGUAAAACGAGCUUUGUGCAAAAGGGCAGAUCGAUGUUCCCUAAGGUUUUACUGCAGUGGUGCACAGCCAUCUCGAGCUGUGCAGCUGAAAUAGAGAGAAGACGACAGGGCAAAUUCCAGCCCUUCAGACGUCUCUUCGGGAAGAAGAAGAAGAGGGAGGCGAAAGGGGGCUUUGAUGGAGCAGAGCUAAAGUCGAGUUUUUCUACUGGGGAAGUGUGCAAUGGAGUUGUAUCUGACGAUGAGGAGUCCAAUAAAAAUCUGAGGGAGUUGAAUCCCAUCGGAUCUCGAGCUCUCUCACACGACAGCAUCUUCAUCCCAGAGGAGCCAGCGGCAGAGGCCAGUCCAGACCACAGCAUGUCGCAGGAAAACGUCUCAGAUAAAGUUAGGAAUCUGCAGAGGCAGAUAGCACAAGGUAUAAAGUUUGGCCAGAGGCCUCCUUCUCUGAGGAAAAGUGAAGGAGAUGAGGGAAGUUCAGAUGAAGAGGAGGUUCCCCGGAGUCCUCUGAAGGUUUUGGCCCAGGUAGAAGCCGAGCCAGCAAACACUGAGCCAAAGCAGGUCCAGGGGGCUCAACAAGCCGGACCACACAGCCCCCCAGUGAAGUCACCAAGGUCCAAAAGAGUUCUUCCGCCCACUGGUACUAUCGAGUCCAUCAAUCUGGACGCUGUUCCACAGUCUGUUCCUCGCUUAGACAACACAGCUGCCAAGCAUAAACUGUCCGUCAAACCGAAAAACCAGAGGAUUUCCCGCAAACACCGGCGGUUUACACAGGACCUCCAAGAGGUAUCUAUUCCUGGUGUGGUGCAAGAGGACCUGGAGGCAGCAGGCGUCUCCACAGACGACCAGCGCAGGGUGUCCGUUGAGUCCCUCGAUGGCUUCAAGAAGCAGAGACUCAAUGAGGAGGACAGACAGGAGACAAGGAGGAAAAGGGAGCUGGAGGAACAGAGGCUCCAACAGGAGGAGGAGGAGAGGAGGAAGAGAGCAGCGGAGGAGCUCAGGCUGCGCGAACUGGAGGAGGAGAUGUGUCGUAAACAGCGAGAGGAGGAAGAACGAAAGCUAAGAGAGGAGGCAGAGAGGAGGAGGAGGGAGGAAGAGGAGAGUAGGAUUAGGGAUGAUGAGGAAAGGAGGCGGCGAGAGGAGGAAGAGCGGAGCCGGAGGGAGGAAGAAGAAAGGAGGAUGCGAGAGGAGCAGGAGCGCAGACAGCAGGAGGAGGAGCUGAGGAGACGACUGGAAGAGCAGAGGAGGAAAGAAGAGGAGGAGGAGGAAGCGAGGAGGCAGCAGGAGAUCGAGGAAGAGAAGAAGAGGAAGCAAAGGGAGGAAGAACAGGAAAGAAGGAAGAAGGAGGAAGCAGAGAGGUUGCAGGAGAUUGACGAAAAGAAAAAAGUGGAAGCAGAGGAGAGGAGGAGGAAGGAGGAGGAGGAGCAGAGGAGGGCAGAGGAGCUGCGCUGGAGGGAGAUGGAGGAGAGACAGAGGCCUUUCUCUUUCAAAGUUUCCUCUGGAGAAAAACAGAUUUUGUUCCAGAAGGUCAACCUGACGCCUGUUACGCCGGCCUCCAGCCACCAGAGCGGAGCUGCAGCUGAGCAGAGAGAGAGCGCCAAGGCUUCGUCUUCUGAAGGACCAGACCUGCCCACGUCUCCAUAUGUCCCCCACACAGCCAUCCUAGUGACAGGCGCACAGCUCUGCGGGACAGCCGUCAAUUUAGACCAGAUCAAAGACACCGCCUGCAAGUCUCUGCUGGGUUUGGGAGAGGACAGGAAGGCGCAGGGAACACCGCCGACCAAGAGCAAGACUUCACCGGACCGCAAGUCCGGCAAAACCAAAUCACUCAACGAGUCCUCGCUCUCUACAGACCAGUCCGUCUUGGCAGAAUGGGCCAGCAUCAGAUCAAAGAUAUUCAAGGGGGUGGAGGAGGGGAAGUACGACGAUAACAAUGACCCGAGUAAGAACCCGCCUCAGUCCAGCAGUGAAGACACGCCUGCCUUCUCCCACACCAACCUCAGGAAGACCAUGUCUGCCAGCGCCAAGUUCUCCAUCACCCCUGCAAAGAAGAAGUUCGGAGAUUCAAACAGGAACUCUGAGGUGUUUGGUGUGGAUGAUAAGGAAUCAGGAGAGGAAGGUGCUCUGUCUGAGAGCCCCGUCUCACCAGCUCCAACCAGUAAACCUCAGACCAGGACGAGUAAAACUGUCCGAAUUGUAGAAAGAGGGUCAGAAGAGUGUAUGUUUGCCAAAGACCUCCCCUCUUUCCUGGUUCCAUGCCCCAAACCUGAGGGCCCCGAGGUGAAGAGCAGGGCUCAGAGUGAGGCCGAGGUGUGUGAGAGUAGAGAGGAGGGAGGGGACAGAGGCCAGGAUGGGGAGGACAAGCCCUCACCUUUUGGCAUAAAGCUGAGGAGGACCAACUACUCACUCCGCUUUCACAGCGAUCAGUCCACAGAGAAAAGGAAGAAGCGGUACAGUGCCGGAGACAGCUUUGACGGCGUCCCUUCACCUCUCACCCCCAUUGAGCCAGACUCUGACACCUCCUCUGUCUUUUCUGACAAAUCCACAAGUCCCACAUCGCCACAGAAAGAAGGCGCGGUGGGCAAGUACUCACAUGCUUCAGCCUCCCCCGCCGUCCCUCGGGCUAAACCGGGUAAAUCUACCAGCCCGACCACACACAGCGAAAGUGAGAAAGUGCUCUCCAAGCCUCCGCUCUACCGAAGACCGACUACGUCACCCAAACCUAGUGGAGCAGUCCCCACGCCUCCCCCCUCGCCGCUACCUAAAGGGGUCCACGGGUCUCCCAGUGAUGCCGCCGUCCAGAGGACAGAGUCAUGCAGCCAGGAGCAGACGAACAAGAGCGAGGAACCAUCAGCAGUGGCCCAGUUACAGCGGAGCAGCCAAGGCCAGGUCCAAGGGGAAGAGGAGCCCAAGGAGAAGAGAUCCUUCUUCCCCUCCAUUAACAUCCCCUGGAGAGAGAAGGGGGACAGAAAGGCAGAACUCAUCAAGAGAGAAAAACCCUCACUACAGAGCAGGCACUCCCUGGACAGUGCGAGGGUCCAGGAGAAGGAGGCUGGGCCCUUAUGGAUCACGCUUGCUCUGCAGAAGCAGAAGGGCUUCAGGGAGCAGCAGCAGAACCGAGAGGACCGUCGCAGCCAAAGAGAGGCCAAACUGGCUGAGAAACAGGCUCGAGAGAGAGACAGUGUUACUCUGGUGAGCCCCACAGAGAGCAGAGGAAGUGGGAGCACCAGUCCUUCUUCCAAACCUCAGACCCCUGAGGAGCCCAAGAGACCUGACAGCCUCCUGGGACGCUUUGAGCGCCGAGAACACCUGAAGAAAGCCAACACUUUACCCAGCUCUGUCACUGUUGAGAUUGCAGACUCUACACCGUCGCCCCCUGCUGUCAAGGAGGUGUCAAAGCGCUUCCCCUCCAGUGACUCUCCGCAGGUGUCCACAGAGCCGGCGUGGCUGGCCCUGGCCAAGCGGAAGGCCAAAGCUUGGAGCGACUGUCCUCAGAUCAUCAAAUAGCACCGCCUCCACCACCGACACCACCCCCCGGCCCAGCCUCACACUGGCCUGCAUUAAGACUGCACACUGCCCACGGACUCCACAUCUGUCCCUCCCAAAAACUCCCCUUGAUCCUGACUGUGAAACAAGUAAAACCUUUCAUCACCUCAUAACCCCCCCCACACACACACACAUACACACUGGCUGGUACUAUUAUCAUGUUAAAGUGCGCUUCACAUUCAAAUACUCCAAUACAAUCGCACAGAUAUAUGUAAACAAUUGUUGCGCGCAUGCACAUACUGUAUACAAACACACAGUAUAUCGUCCCUGUUGCAGUCCGGGUGGGCAGCAGCCAAUCACAACCAUGGCUGGCCAUUGCAAUAGCCAACCCCCAAUUUUUAUUUUUUAUUAUUUUGUAGCCAACUGUGUCACCAUGGUUGUAAAUAAAUCAUUCACUCAACACAAUAAAAGGUGAAAUACUUCUU